GUGAACAAACUCAAAUUGUAACUGACAAAUGGAUGGAUUUUGAGAAUCUGAAAAGUGUUACGAUUCCCAGUUAAAGUUUAUGAUCCUACAAAUGUCUAAGACCAAAUAUGGCAUUUGCAUGGGUAAGGUUUAUUAUGGAAGAUGUCUUACCUGGCUGGUAAUAAGAAAUUUAAAGUUACGCCAGCUGCCGCGGAUUAGUUCACUUAUUAGCGGACACGGGUCAAUAGGCAGGUAGCCUGGCGCAAUCCACCUCACCUGGUGGCCAGGUAAAUCCUUGAGCUUGCAUAAAAGCGGCGAGCACUGCUAGGUGGGUAGACAGUCCAACUACAAACGUCAGCAUGAAGAGUCGCAUGGCAUCCUUGAUCAAGAAGACGGGCAAGCCGUACACUGAGUCCGACAAGUUGCCGUACAUCAACAACUAUGGCGCACUCGAGCUGGAGGCAGCUGCCGCACUGCUAAUGCUGCGCUAUCAGUACGAGAUCAAGGCCGCCAAUGUCAAGCAGACAACGCCGCCGCUCUCAACAGCCACAGUAAUUGGAGGAGGAGGAGGAGCAGCCUCAUUCGAACCCAUCGCCGAGGAGUCCACGCCGAAGGAGCCGAUGCGCAGUUCCAUGGCUGCUGCAUCGCAGCCGCUGAAGAAGCGCAGCAUCCCGCCUCAUCUGCUGCGCCGCUCGUUGACUCCAGCCAAGGCGACGCCGCCACCCACGCCCACGCCCAGUUGCAGCAGCAGCAGCAGCAACAACAGCGUGGCGGCAAUCGGCGGCAGCACAAUAGUGAAAGCCAAGCAGAAGGCCACCUCCACUGCGGCAUGCAACAAGGCGUUGCUUAAGUCGUGCCGCAAUAUGAUCCGUGAAUUCCUGGACAAUCAGGAGUUGAUCUGAAUCAGUAAUAGAUCUAAAAGACAGACGAUCUAAAACAUCAAUUACUUAAGACAUAGCACAGUGAUCUAAAACAUAAUGAGCAGCUGCUUUAAACUUCAAAAGUAAUUUACACACAGUGAUCUAAAAGAAGUCAGCAACUGAUCUAAAUACACAAUCCGUUUUUGAUUUAAAGCACAACAAUCAAUUAAUAUAAAAGACAUUCAGAAGGUGAUCUAAACAGAAAGUGCCAUAAACAUCAACAGAACAAUCAACAGUUGAUCUAAAAAGUAUUCAAAAUCUAACAUUAUCAUCUGUUGAGCUUAAACACAGAAAGCGGCUGAUCUAAACUUAAGAAGUAACUAUAAUAUAGUGAUCUGAGAGACAAUCUAAUUUAUAAUCAAAUCACAGAAAAUUGAAACUAAUCAGUAACUGAUC